AUGUCAACCAGGCCGGCAUUUCUGGGGGUGCACCUUUUGGCUUUCAGACCGGCGGUCUUGUUGGGCGCAUCCUCCUCCCCAUCCCUCUCCCCCAGGUGCCAGCCGGCUUCGAUGGAGGGCCGAGAGCAAGAACAGGCCGAACUUGCAAGCAGCGAUCCAAUCCAGAGUGACCUCCAGGCUCAGACAUUGGCUACCAGCAAGGACGGAAAUGGUGGGUAUGGAGGCAUCCAGCGGCUCCCGGAGGGACCGCAGUCCUGCGGCUUCACUUGGAUGGCAAGUCCAAUCCUUGGCAAGGUGAAGUUCGAUGCCCGGAUGAAAGGUGCCCAUCUAGAGACCUCGGAGGCGACCUCCGUCACCAUCGUCAGCCAGCAGCUGCUGACGCGGCUGGACCGGGGCGACUUCGUGAUGCGGAUCGCGGGAGCGGGCGGAAAGCAGAUCCCCAUGAUUUUUGGCAUCGUGGAUGGGAGUGCGAGCAGCUCACAAGGCUUGAAGAUUGGAGAGCCGGAGCUGCCAGGCUCCUUCGGCGCCGCCUGCAUACGAAAGUCCGGAAAGAUCGUGCAAUGUGGCAAUUCCUGUGGUCCAGCACCUGGCGUGUGCGAUGGAGACGUGGUGAGGCUUCGCAUUGAGGAAGGUGGAAGAGUCAUUUUCUUCAAAGGUGCCACGCAAAUCAGCAGCUGCACCGUGGGUGGAAAAGGCGAGUUUCGCGUGGCAGUGACCCUCCAUGAGGAAGGGCAGAGAGUGGAGAUUUUGGAGGAGUCGGUCUCAGAAAGUCUGGCCCGCUGCGCAGAUCCCAGGAAGGGUUUUCGCCGCCCCUCAAAGCUUCCAGGGCUUGCCGCUUCAGCCCUACAUGCUGCACGGCAAUGA